AGCUGGCAUUGGCAGUCCCUCCUUUUGCAUGCUGCUCUGCUAGGCUCUCCUUUGGCAAACCUGAGUUUUCCCGGUGCAUAGGCAGGAGCAGAGGGAAGGGGACUGCUGUUUAAUUAGAGGGUUUAUAGCAGUGAUUGAAUUAAUCCUCUCCGAACGAGGAGCGGCCGAGCGCGGACUCGGCGGCCGGCGGAACGCUUGUGAGGGGCCCGAGCGCGCGGCGGGAGCGGGCCGGAGCGCACCGCCUGAGCGGCUCCGUAUCCAUGGCAACCGCCGGGCCGCCGCCGGCACUGGAAGAUGUCUGCCGGGGAUCGGCGCUGCGCCGCGGGCUUCGCGUUCCGCCCCCUGCCCCAGAAAGCUUUCCCCUGCCUGGAGGACAAGGACAUCCGGGACCGGCUCCACAAAUGAGCUAGCCAAGAUGUACCUCAGCUUCGCAGCGCAGCAGCUGGGCUUUCCCCGCCUCUCCAAGGAGGGGCGGGAGCCGGUUGUAAGUCUAUGCAAGGCAGGAUCACAGCACAAGCGUUUGGUUUUGACCAGCAGUUUAAACCCUAUCAAAAGGAUGAAUUUGUUACGGCAUUUUUUAAUGAUCAAAAUGUGAACUCUAGCUUGAAGUUACUCUCAGCUUCAGGACAAUGGACUACACUGGGUUCCAAAGUAACAAAAAUUGAAGCUACACUGGUGCCCUGUACAGAGAUUUCCAUGUCAUUUUUUGAUCGGCUCUACUCUGAAGGAAUUGUUAGAGAAACUGGAGAUAUUGUAAAAUGUUUUGAUGACUAUUACAAUGAUAUUCUUAUCUCUGAUGAAUUAAGAAAGGUCUUGCUUCUGGAAGAUUCAGACCAUUAUGACAUAUUCAAUCCAUUGGAUCGCCAGGAAUUUCUGUUCUGUCUUUUUAAGCACCUUUGCAUUGGAGGAACUCUUUGCCAGUUUGAAGAUGUAGUUGGCCCAUACUUAGAAACUACAAAAGCAUUUUAUAAAGACUUAGUUAGUGUUCAAAAGAAUCCUGAAACAAAAGAAAUAAGCAUUAUUUCCACAGUCUUCAGAGUGUCUGCAUAUGACAUUAAUGGCCUGUGUUACCCUUCAAGCAAAAGCCACAAUCAGACUUUUGCGUACCUGGUUGUGGACUCCUGCAAGCGGCACGUGAACACUCUGUAUCACAGCUUCGGUGGAGGCUUGUUUACGGACUAGUUACAAACCCGACUGUCCUCUGGUGUUACAGUGGAGUGGCCUCCUCUCUGCACAGGUGCAAGUAGGAACUGCCCAGUUGUCUUGCGAAGAGCGCCCGCUCCUCAG